AUGGUGAAUUGCGUAGCUGUCCCUGUGUAUUCUGCUGCAAUGACCCCUUUCUGUUUUACCUCACUGAUUUGCCCGGCCUAUUUUCUCAUAACUUAUCCAUUUGACUUGCAACAGCUGUUAUGUAAUAUGGUUGUGAGUUCACAAAUAGGCAUUGCAUUCUGUUUUGUUCUUUUGACAAAUCACUUUGCAGAGUGUUUUGUUGGCUCAACUGUACCUUGUGUAUCAUUGUGCACUUUAGUUGUUUUUUCUACUCGUAUGGUCUAA